CAGAACAGAAAUCUACAUAAACACUGUUAAACAAAAGUCUAACGGAUGGAAGAAGAGCUAAAUUAUUCUACAGUGGUUUUCAAAAAUCCCAUUGUUUCUUUACAGAAUGAGAAAAAAGAGGAAGAGACAGUAUAUGCCGCGAUAAAGGCUGAGGGAAGUUCAUCCACUCAUCAAAGUCCUGCCAUAGGAGAGGACAACAGCCCUGCGCCCCACUCUCAGCCCUGUCGUGGUGUGGCAGUGUGUCUGGGGGUUCUGUGUGUCCUCUUGGUUUCAGCCAUCGUAGGCCUCAGCGUCUUCAGCACUGAACUCUCAGAGCAAAAGCAGUAUCUGAUGAAUCUCAACAGCAAUCUGAGUACAGCAAUUCAAAUUUUGCAAAGUUAUAAUAGCAAUAUUAGCACUGCAAACCAAGAUUUAAUGUCUGACAAAGAAGAGUUGACACAAGAAAGAGACAGACUGAAGACAAAUCUUCAGGUCAUAUAUCAGCUUCAUGAUUUUCCUGUCAAUCAAUAUUGUUCCAAAACAAAUGGCAGUGUGACAAAGUGCAACCCAUGUAAAUUUGGUUGGAUGUUAUUCCAAUCUAGUUGUUACCUGAUUUUUUUCCCUGAUGCACCUUGGAAGACCUGGACUGAAAGCAGAGAGGAUUGUAAAAAAAGAGAAUCAGAUUUGGUUGUUAUUAGCAGUCAACCUGAACAGGAAUUUAUUUCCAACCAAACACAAUCCUACUAUGAUGUAUUUCAUGGGUACUGGAUUGGCUUGUCUUACCAAGCUAACAAUCAGUCAUGGAUGUGGGUUGAUGGAAGUGUUCAGGGUCUGAAGAAAGGGUUUUGGAUCAAUUCUACACAGAUUCAGAAUACUUGUGUGUUAACCAUCCAAACAAAUAACCCGCUGGCUGCUUGGAAUACUCCAGAUUGUACGAUGAACAGUCUUUGGAUCUGUGAGAGUAUAGCCUUAAACUGGUCAUAUUAAACUUUAUAUUUACAUAAAAUUCACAUUAUGUUGAGCAGGUCAUUUCAUUUGGUUGUUUUAUUAUAGAUAAAAUGAACUAUUGUAAAGAUAAAUGUUCAUAUUAAAUGUUCUGCAUAAUUUACAU